CGGCAGCGCUCCGGAAGGAGCGCGCGCUGCUCGCCUCCCGCUCGGAAGCGCGGCCCGUGGCCAUGAGCAAGAGGAACCAGGUCUCCUACGUGCGGCCGGCCGAGCCCGCCUUCCUCAGCCGCUUCAAGCGGCGGGUCGGGUAUCGGGAGGGCCCCACGGUGGACACCAAGAGAGAGCAGCUUCCACUUGCGGAUGAUGAUAGUGACAAUGGCAGUGACAAGGAAGAUGAGCAGCCUCAAGUGGUGACACUGAAAAAAGGGGACUUGACUGCGGAAGAAGCAAUGAAAAUUAAACAGCAAAUCAAAGAGGCCUUGAAGUCAAAAGAAUCAGAUGAUGAAACAGAACCUGCUGAUGGAAAAAUUAUGUUCAGGAAACCAGCCAAACGUUCAUCAGAGAAGUGUUUGGACUUCAAUGUAAGUUCAAGUAAGAAGAUGAAAGAAGCAAAGAAAACUAAGAGGGAAGCAACUACUUCUCAGAGUACAGCUAAACAAGUGAAAAACAGCAGUCUUCUCUCAUUUGAUGAUGAGGAAAAUGAUGAUUAGGGGUUGUAUUUUUUUAUUCUUUACUUGCUCGUCUCUAGAGACCUGAAUAAUAUUGAGGGCUUUCAUAGAAAUUGAAGCAUGAUGUCUGAGUCUUCUCUUACUUUGUUAUGGUCCAGCUAGAGAAAUACUGUAUAAAAUUAGCAAGUUUGCAGUUAGUUGGAACUGUAUGUCAUGUCUUUAUUUUAAAAGAGAAUUUAACCAUGUAUGUAAAAGCUAUGUGAAGUCACAAAUGAGUAGCAAAAUAUAGCUGUAUAUAUUCAGCUUUUAAAUUUUCAAUCAAUUUUAAAAUGCUUUCCAUUACUAAAAUGUAUUUCCUCUAUAUUUAAUAACCUUAGUUGACAGUUUUAGGGUUUUUACCAGUUGUUAUUGACAUUCGGAAGAGAGACGCUUCAUUGCUGUGAAACAGAGACUGAAGUUUUCUGUCCCACAGCCUAAGAAAAGUUUGCAUAACCUUUGCAUUUGUGAUUUGCAAGAUUAGCUCUUUGCAGAGCCUUGCAGUAAAUGAGGCUUCAUUUGCUAAUGUCAUGCAGUCUUGAUCCUGUCUUUGGUGAAUGCAGUCUAAGAAACAUCAAAUUCAUUUUAAUUGGUUGUGAUAGCAAGGUGUAAAGAUUUUGAUUCUAGUUGAUGGCAUCAACUAAUGCAAAAGAAGCCUAAACCAUUGGAAAUUGUGCACUUUGGUUUUGACACUGAUGGGCUCAGUGAUUUGGUGGUGUUUUGAGGUGAUUUUUUUUUUAAGUAUAUUACAGUUGGCUACUUAAGUAUUCAUAAUUAUUUGGGAUCUCAGACAGCUUGUUUAAAAAAAUGUAUUUAAUCUUUAAGCUGUGGAAAAGCAUUAAUUUAGCUUUCUUCAGGUAGCUGGGAAGAUGUAAAUAGGGAAUUUAAAUGAAGAAACACCAUAGCUGUAUGCGUCUUGGUUUGAUAGUUUCUGGGGCAGGCACUCCAAAAUGAGUUACUGCCCCUUUUAGAUUUAGCUGCUUCUCUUUCACCAAUAAGGAGAGAUGAAAGCAAGAGCAUGUAAGUGAAAAAAUAACAGUUUACUAAAAAUGAAGCCGCAACAGGCAGGAUAACAGUAAUCGUCACUAGAUACAAAGGGGCUGAAUCCCAUGGACUGCUUGGGAACAAGAAAACAAGAUGGCAGAGAAACCCCUCCCCAAAAAUGUUGGCCUCCAUAGAACACCACAUGGUUCAGGGAACAGAGACAAGCUGAUGGAGAAGCCCCUUCUGACUAUGUGGUGGAGAGAGAAAAAAAACCACUACAGCAUCUGGAACUCUGUGAUUAUAAAAGUCCCUCUUCCCCCAAACAACAACCAAUGAGGAACAAGGACAAAACAAAAAGAAACCUGGACUCCAAAAUCAGUCAAAUGCUGCUGAUCUGUUUGCUCUAUAUCACCCAACAGGGUUUGUCUCCCGGCAGCAGCUCCAUCAGCAGUGGCAGCUGGAACUGGUCAGUGGCUGGAACUGCUGGGGGGACUUGGCCUCCUCCUCCUCAGAAGAUGGGAGGCAGAUGCCUGGGACAGCCUGGACUCUGCAGCUGAGCGCUGCUGGGGGGCUGGAGUGACCAUAUGGAGCAGGGGCUGUUGUGUUUUUCCCAUUGUAGUGCCACGGCUGGCCACCCUGGCUGACAGCAAUGAAAAAGAAAGGAACGAAAAAAUGUUCUGAAGAGAAAGUCCUCCCUGGCCCAGAGACCAAAACAAAGGGGAGCUUCUGUCUUGUGCUGCCUCAGCUUCUCAGUAGCUAGCAGGAAUGAAAGAGAGGGCUGUGUGAGUGAUGUGCCAAUUUUAAAGGCAUCCUGGCAUCUCCUGGCUCCAUGAACCUGGGGCAAGACCAGGUUCUGCUUCUGGCCCCCACAUCUUAGAGAGUAACAAUCUUGGGCAGGUGGGCGUAGAAACAAAGUGACCAUUUCAGCAUGUUUUAUGUUCAAAACAACACUGAGAGGUGAUGGGAUUUGAGGGAACAAGGUGGUGGAAAUGGGACUUGUGACUUUGAAACUAUAUUGAUGUAUGGUGUGUUCUGUAACCAUAUGAAACCAGUUCUGCUGUGUGACAGGUCAUUUGAAAUUAUUUGGCCUGUAAAGCUUCAUCGAGGAGCAAAUUUCAAGUUGCUGUGUGAAACAGCUGGUUUUAGUUUGUUCAUCUGGUAGUAGACGAUAAAUUAUGUUUUCUUUUAAGUGGUCCAAAGAUAUUUUAAUAAAAAUUUCAGUAAAAGAAA